AUGGUCGUGAGGGGAAUGGGGCAGGAGUGCAGAGGUGGAAUGGGGCAGGAGUACAAAGGGGGAAUGGGGCAGGAGUACAAAAGGGGAAUGGGGCAGGAGGACAAAGGGGGAAUGGGGCAGGAGUACAAAAGGGGAAUGGGGCAGGAGUACAAAGGGGGAAUGGGGCAGGAGUACAAAGGGGGAAUGGGGCAGGAGUACGAAGGGGGAAUGGGGCAGGAGUACAAAGGGGGAAUGGGGCAGGAGUACAAAGGGGGAAUGGGGCAGGAGUACAAAGGGGGAAUGGGGCAGGAGUACAAAGGGGGAAUGGGGCAGGAGUACAAAGGGGGAAUGGGGCAGGAGGACAAAGGUGCAAUCGGAAGUUAG